AUGUCCAUUCGCCUCUCAUCCCACGCUCCAUUGACAUUGCUCUUCCUUCCCCUGCUCACCUCGUGUCUCCACACCGCCGAUAAGAGACCGCAAGACCUAUUACGACAACCUUUCUUCAGCUUUAACCGUUUGAUCAAUCCCCCAACGCUACCACAUUACCACGAGCUACCCUAUCCUGUGCUAAAGCAAAAUCUCAUCAAACACCUCAUGCGUCACUACCGUCGCUAUGAACGUCCUACCGAGGGCACGCAUGAGCCCACACGAGUAUGGGUCUCUAUCAAAAUUCUCGCAAUCACCAGUGUAGAUGUCAUCAGCAUGCAGUACACCGCAGACAUGAUACUAGUUCAGACGUGGAAAGAUCCGCGCUUGCGGUGGCAGCAUCUAUCGGAGUACGAAGCCAUCUCCAAUGACAUCCUACUCACGCAUAAACGCAAUGAGAUUUGGUUGCCCGAUCUCUUCUUUCGAAAUGGAAAGGAGGGGUUCCUCUACCGCAUGACUGUUCCCAACCACAUGAUUCGGGUGAGUCCUGAUGGGAGAAUUUAUUACAGUCAGAAGAUCACAAUGAAAUUGGCCUGUGAAAUGCAUCUACGCAACUUUCCCAUGGACCACCAGGAUUGCGACAUGGAUAUCGGCAGCUAUGGAUACACAAUUGACCAGUUGAAAUUCAUCUGGGAUGGAGAUAAUGCACUCAAAUUUGCUGACGGCAUGCUAAUUUCGGAGUUCAAUACGCCGUCUUCAACUGUAACAGAGGACUGUACAGAGCCGCAAACUACGAGCACAGGAACCUACACUUGCCUACUGGGACGAUUUCAAUUGAAGCGACAAGUUGGAUCGUACUUGGUUGGAACUUAUGUACCCGCCUUUCUCAUAGUCAUUGUCUCCUGGCUUACCUUUUGGGUGAGUCCGGAUGCAAUCCCAGCUCGAGUCACUUUGGGUCUGCUCACUCUCAUAUCUCUCCUCACCAAGGCAAGUCGCCACUCUCUCUUCCAUCCUCCUGCUGGAGCAAAUCUUAUCGGAUCCCUAAAUAACACUCUUCCAAGGGUGUCUUACAUCAAAGCCAUCGACAUCUGGUUGAUAGCCUGCCUCAUCUUUGUCAUUUCGGCAAUGCUGGAAUUCACAUUAGCCAGUUACUGGUCAAGAAAGGUGUUUCUCUCCAAAUGGCGUGAUCAGGUUCGGAUGACUGUGCGAACAACAUUGGCCAAAGUUGUGUGUCCUUGUCGAUCACCGAAACCGCAUCAAAUGCUUCUACGUUGCACUUGUUGUGGUCUGAUUAAUCCACAGUACCAGGAGAUGGACGUCACCAGUAGUCCUGGAACUGGUCAAAGCCUGAGAAAGAGCUCGCCUAGUUGUGCUUGUGUUAAAAAUAGUUGUCGAGCCGUGAAAUUUGAUGUGCCAUUACACUCGUGCAAACAAAUUGAAUGUAAUCAGAUUUACGACAACAAAGGUGCCAUGGAUCACUCUCCCAAUCCACCGGAUCGACGCUGUAGUGGACUACAAAAAUCGCAUAUUUUACAUCCUACUUGCACAACUACGGCUGUAGUGGUGGCCUCUCCAAUUACUACGAGUCAAAAGUAUUUACGGUCUUGUCGCUCUCGUCACACCCCUCCACCCUCCGCUGACAUUCAGAUGGCAGCACUGCCACCACGACGGCGGAAACAGAGAGUCACUUUCUCCCAUACCAGUGGCCGCAAAUCUUGUAGAAGUAUGGCGACAGCAGUGUGUCAAAAUCAUCCCCUACCUGAACGGUAUUUGAGAGUUCGGGAGGUGGAAAUUGACGAUGACUCGGAAAACGCUGUAUCCACCUCCACUAUCGCCACGGAUAGCGAUCUUAACUCCGAAAUUGACGCCUACAGUCGAUUUCUCUUUCCCUGUUUCUUCAUUCUCUACAACUGUGCAUACUGGGGUUUUUAUUUAAUCAUUUCAGAUCCCGGAUUCAUGACCUAG